UUCAAACCAUAAACAAACCCUAAUUUCACAAUUUCCAUCAUUUGAUUUGUUUCAUCAAAAUUCAAUCCAUCAUUACCCACAACCCUACACUCAAGUUAAUCGCACAAACUCGAUAAAGUUGAUUAUCAGAUAAUCUUUUUCAGUUUUUGUUCUCAAGUCAACAUCUACAUGCUCAAUUACUAACCGCUCACUCUAUAGCUCAAAUUAUCCCUAAUCUAUGCUGAUGAACCUACUUGUUCUGAUUAAUCUAUGUCUCCAUCUGCAGUGGUGUGCUUCAUAGCCCCACCACCGGUUUCUAACCCACUUCGUAAGUUGGUUAAUUAUCGGCGAUUUUUAACCGGCCUUGGUUUUUGUACCUUUAAGUUGAGAGAAAAAAAGAUUGUUUGUGGGAAUUCUUUCUGGGUUUGUAAGAGGAUGGCUGCAGGGAGUGAUGAACAUGUUGCUCCUGCAGUUUCUGCUUUGGAACAGGAAGCUUUGAUUGAAAAUGGUGGUGUGGCAUUUCAUCAAACACUUGGUGGGCUGCACGCUGUUGUUAAUCUUCUGAGUAAAUGGAUUGUUGCUGUAACUUUCGGUGGACUUCUUUUGUUGAGGCACGAUGCUCUUGCAUUAUGGGCUGCAAUGGGGUCCGUUAUAAACAUGGUGCUAUCAGUCACUUUAAAGAAGAUUUUGAAGCAAGAACGGCCUGAUUCUAGAUUGAGUUCAGGCCAUGGGAUGCCAUCUUCUCAUGCUCAAGCCAUCUUUUAUGCUGUUUUAUUUGUUAUCCAUUCAGUCUUCAAAUGGCAAGGAUCCGGUGGAGUUGCAGCUAUCCUUAGCUUGUUUGUUGUAGCGAUUGGCUCUUAUUUUUCAUGGCUACGAGUGUUACAACGUUAUCACACGACACUCCAAGUCGUCGUGGGAGCAAUCGUGGGGUCUGUUUUUGCAGUCUUAUGGUUUUGGGCAUGGGAAGCGGCUGUUCAUAGAGCAUUUGAUUCAAGUCUGCUAGUUCGAAUCCUUGUUACUAUUGGAGCUGCAGGUUUCACUUUAGGAUUUAUUUCACAUGUUAUUCAACAUUGGUUGAAAGGUGAAGAUUAAUGGGCUUCUACAAUUUAUUGGUAGGUUGAAAUGAUCCAAAGAUUGUACUGUUACUUUCACAUUUAUUUGUUAACUAGAUGGAAGUCCCUGCCGCGAUGCGGCCGGGGGCUUACAAAAUAAGACAUGACCAAAAACGCGUUAUGACUUGGGGCGUAAAACUAUGCCAAGUAGCACCAAUGCCACACCA